UUUAAAUUCAGGUACAGACUCCCACUCCUUUCUGUACAAUUUUGAUUGAGACAUGUUGAUUGAUGUUGUAAGUUCUGUCCAGGAUCAAAACAUUUGUGACCAUCUAUAUUCAUUGGGUUUUGUCUCGUCGAACCUACGAUGAAUUUGCAAUUUGCUGAAAUUGCUGCUGAGCGCCUGCUGCUGACGUCACUCACAUCGCACUUUUGCAGCCAGACACGUGUGUUGUGACUGAGAACAUCGGUUUUUUGUGUCAAAAAACUUUUUAGCGUUUGAGUCACUUCAUCAAAAGUUGCUAAAAAAUAUAUAUAUAUAUUUUUUUAAAGAAGCUACAUUUGUUGCUAGGUGCAGUUUGAUUAUUUUUUUGCUAGGGUACUCUGAAAAGUUGCUAAAUCUAGCAACAAAUUUGCGAAAUUGGUAUCAUUGAUCUCAAUCCUGAGACCGUUGGAGCCUCUUUACCGCGGUUCAUGUAGCCACAUCCUGCACGAAAAAUCACACACACUAUAGAUACUUUUCCAUAACAAUUUAACAGAAAACGUGGACAGUUUGUUAACAUACAUUUAUAAAGGAUUUCAGAAAGGAUGUCCAGACGAGGUUGUACCGGUCCGACCGGGCUCCGGAGGAAACGGGACAUGGAGGAGCACCAGAAGGAGAGAAGACGGGCUCUGCAGGCCCGACACCGGGCCAACCUGGCCACCCUGUUCGAGACACUCAACACCGUGGUCUGUCCCACAUCCAACAAGAUGCCUGCUAAGUGGAAGAUCUUGGACCACGCCAAAGGAUUUCUGAAAGAGCAGGAAGCCCACCUGAGCAGACUGAUGCUCCUGAAAGGUAUAUUCCUCGGUAAUGAAGACGGGCCGUGUAGCUUGGAGGAAGUGAGGGCAGAGUACCGGAGGCUGCAGUCACACAGCAGCUCCCUGCGCUCCAGAAGACCUGGUGGCCACAGACGUCAUGGCGGGGCUGACGGAGAGGACCUGACUGAGACCAGUGAGGAAGACUCUGAGGAGGAGACUCUGGAUGACUUCGCCCCCUCUCAGACCUCCAUCAACUCUCUAACCAACAUCCUGGAGUUUGAAGGGUACUUGUUGUUCUACAGACAGACACUGGAGAAGUUGGUUUGUAGCGGUGUGCUGAGCCCGGGACAGACUGGUCUGGCUGUAGUAUCUGAAGCUAUCUCAGGCCUGUGGGAUAGCUUCUCUCCAGAGCGCCGGGCAGCCUACCAGACCUGUCCCCCCCAGCAGAGCACCCUGGGCUGGGAAGGGCCGCCAGAGACACCCCCUAAUCCUGUUCCAGACACCCACCUCCACCUCACGCUCCAGCCCUCCACUCAGGCAAACAGCCAGGGAGCCUCUUCUCCUUCUAGCUAUGAAGAGGACCUGCUUCAGGAUGCCUAUGAUGUAGUGAAGAAAGAGAUGGACUCCACUUCAGACCACAGUCCUGUCCUGGCCUCUCCUCAGUGUGGGGACUUUGACAAGCUCCGGGAGAUCUAUAAGGACAUCAUGUGUUUCGGCAAGACUCAGAUGGUGGAGAAACCAGAAUAUAACCAGGACGUGUGUCUGUCUGCUAUGAGGGACCACGAGGAGAUCUUUCUCCAGUGCUCCGAGUCCUUCGACAGUGAGGACAUGUGAAUCACAGGAGGCUGCUGACGGGAGGACGGCUCAUAGAAAUGUCCGGAAAAAACGAAGCAAAUGGAAAUGACAUCAAACACCCGGAAACCAUGGAAACCAUGUGUGAUGUAUUUAAUGCCGUUCCACCGAUUCCGCUCCUGUCAUUACCCACAAGCCUGUUCACCAACUUCCUGUUUCUGGGACCAAUCAGAACAGUUAGAAUGUGUUUGAUAUAUUUAAUACCGUUCUCCUCAAUUAACCAACUUCCUGUUUCUGGGACCAAUCAGAACAGUUAGAAUGUGUUUGAUAUAUUUAAUACCGUUCUCCCCAAUUAACCUGUUAACCAACUUCCUGUUUCUGGGACCAAUCAGAACAGUUAGAAUGUGUUUGAUAUAUUUAAUACCGUUCUCCUCAAUUAACCUGUUAACCAACUUCCUGUUUCUGGGACCAAUCAGAACAGUUAGAAUGUGUUUGAUAUAUUUAAUACCGUUCUCCUCAAUUAACCUGUUCACCAACUUCCUGUCAUGUGAACACCUAUUAGUUGAACAAGUGUUUGCCCCUGAUUCAGCUCCAGUCAUUACCCACAACCCUGUUCACCAACUUCCUGUUUCUGGGACCAAUCAGAACAGUUAGAAUGUGUUUGAUAUAUUUAAUACCGUUCCACCUAUUCAGCUCCAGUCAUUACCCACAAGUCUGUUCACCUCAAUUAACCUGUUCACCAACUUCCUGUCAUGUGAACACCUAUUAGUGUUUGUUCCUGAUGACAUGAAAGACACAUUGUGUUGCUUUGUUAUGGACUUGAUAAUCGAUCACGAUUUGGAAUUUGUUUUUAUAAAUGUUCAGCUUUUCCACCCGUUUAU